UCGUUUGGCUGACACUUGGUAGCAUGGUCUCUGCUGAGGUUAAGACUGUUUUAACUCGUUUUGGCGAGUCUUUUCACGCUACUCGGAUUGAUAUAGCAUUUUGAGCUAGCUACUUAGUCUUUAAGUUACCAACAGCAAAGACAGACGAGACUUUAACGGUUAAUGGUGAUUCAGCGUGCUAGCUAAGGCAGAAAAAUCUUUCAUAUCCAUAACGACGUUACGUGUAUUGAUGUUAAUGUCCAUCGUCUCAUGUGUGUCGUUUUCGGACCUCGUCAGUGUUAUUAACUGCUGAGUUUCUUUCUACUACGAUGUAUGGGAUGUCGGGAUGACAGGAACAUGGCAAACGGGGUUGGAAAACACAAGCUGCUUGUCAUUGGACCAACAGAGCCAUGGUCAGUGAGGGAGAAGCUGUGUUUGGCAACAUCUGUCAUGAAGAGUGGGGACCAGAACUGGGUAUCUGUCAGUCGGGCCAUCAAACCAUUUGCAGAGUCUGGACGACCGCCUGACUGGUUCUCUCAAAAGCACUGUGCCUCCAAGUACUCUGAGCUCUUGGAAACAACAGAAGCCCCAAAGCGGAAGCGUGGUGAAAAAGGUGAAGUGGUGGAGACAGUGGAGGAUGUGAUAGUGCGUCGGCUGACAGCUGAAAGGAUUGACGAGCUUAAGAAGUUGAUCAAAGAAACACAGGAGAAGCACAGGAAGCUGAAGAGAGAGGCUGAACUGAUUCAAGCAGGACAUCUUGAUUCCAAACUCGAAGAGAUAUGGGAAGAAAUUCAGCAGAAGAAGAAAUUGGAAGAGGAAGAAGCAGAGCUGAAAAGAAAAAACACAGACGCUGCUUAUCAGGCCAGACAGGUGGCAAAGAACACACCUAAGCGAGUGCCCGGCAUCAGCGUGCAUUCACCCUCAGGCUGUAGCUCCCCUAGUCAGGACUUCUCACCAGGUGACCCACUCGAGUGCCUGACACUGGCUCUAACGCCAACAAAGAAUGCAUCAGGAUCUGCACGACUAAUGACAAUUCCUGAGGCCUCUGGUAAUGAUGACAUCAGCCAUGGGACAUUUCUUGAUGACCCUACCCAAAAGAAGCUUCUGGGCCAAAAAGCCACACCACCCCCAUCUCCACUCUUGUCCGAGUUACUGAAGAAGGGAAACAUCUUGGCUACAAAUGCUAGACUGAUCGGAGAGGGAGAUGUCCUGACGGCAGCACAUGACCUACAGCUCGCUCCGCCAACCCAACCUCCCUCUCAGGCCUCAGGUGCCCCAAUGUUGUCACGUCUCUUGGAGGCAGGCCCCUCACAGUUCUCUGCCCCGUUAGGUUUCAUGGUCAGCACAGACUCAGCCUCCAGUGCCCCUGCUGUUCCUACUGGCUCUACUUCUGCUACAAGCACUGAAGUGGACGCGCUGGUGCCCCCUGGAUGCCAGCCUGUGUCUGCAGAUGUAAAGGUGUCAGAUCUCAGUGAGGAGGAUGUGACUGUGUCAUACAUGGGAGAUGAGCUUGACCUGAAGACAGUGGGGGACAUUAUCGCUAUCAUUGAGGACAAGGCGGAUGAGACAGCGGAGGCAUUGGACGCAGCUGCAGUCGAGGCUGCUCUGUCACUGUGUGAAGAGAACAGCCAUGCUUUGUCUGGUGCCUGGGCCACUGGGCCUUUCCAGCCCCAUGAGCCUCACCCAGCAGUGCCCACGGGGGUCCAGCAGUCCUCGUCUUUUAACAGCAGCCUAGAGAGGAAGACGGAAGCGUUGGAGGAUCAGGGUGGGACUUCUGCUUUACUCUCCUCUGUGUGCAACAGUCAAGAUCACUGCUUUGCAGCCUUUUCUGUGGGACUACGAGGCCCUCCUCCCACCUCCUCAUCCUCAUGCAGCUCAAAGAGUUUGGAGCAUUGCCAUGCUGGAGCAACUCCACAGCCAGAGGCGAUAAAAGAGAGUGGAGAGAUGGUGCACCAGAAAAGCCAGAUUUCCUCGGAUGUAACCAUAAAAUGUGAGAAUGAGAAGUGGGCACAGCAAAGGCCUAAUAAACUAUCUGGAGAGUCAGUAUUAGAAGGUAACCCACUGACAGAAAGGCAUCUUAAGGAGAUGAAAGCAGAAGACAGACAAAGUGUUGGUUGCGGAGAAAACGCCUCAGGGAUUAAAGUUCACAAUGAGGUCAACGGACCGGCAGUGUGUGGAGAUGAAGAAGAAGAGGAAGACGAAGAGGAAGAGGGGGACGGGGCGGAGGGAUUCCUGUCAGAGCCGGAUGGAGAGAUGGAGCUAGAGCCUGCAGCCAGCGAGAGCGAGGAUGGAUACAGCCUCCACACGGCCUCCUCAUCUCUGCAGCUCCACACGACCGCAGACUCCAUCCCCAGCAGCCCCGCCUCAUCACAGUUUUCCAUGUGCAGUGAAGACCUGGAAGCUCUGCAGGCUCAGAAGAUCUGGAAGAAAGCCAUUAUGCUGGUGUGGCGUGCAGCGGCAAAUCACAGGUAUGCAAAUGUAUUCCUUCAGCCAGUAACAGAUGAAAUUGCUCCUGGAUACCACAGUAUUGUGCACAGGCCAAUGGACCUGGCCACCAUAAAAAAGAACAUAGAGACCGGUUUGAUCCGGACCACAGCUGAGUUCCAGAGGGACAUCAUGCUGAUGUUUCAGAAUGCUGUCAUGUACAACAGUCUGGACCACGACGUGUACCACAUGGCUCUGGAGAUGCAGCGUGACGUCCUAGAGCAGAUCCAGCAGUUUCUAGCCACCCAGCUCAUCAUGGAGACGUCAGAGUCUGGUAUCAGCGCCAAGAGCCUGAGGGGCCGUGAGAGCACACGCAAACAGGACUCCACUGACAAGGACACUGUCUCCAUGUCUUCUCCUGCCUUCCUUCUUUCACUCUUUGAUGGAGGCACCAGAGGGCGCCGUUGUGCCAUAGAAGCUGACCUCAAGAUGAAGAAAUGAGCCUACAGUGUGAAAUUUCUCCUGCAGUAUCCCUGAGUUGAUGUGAAAGGUGUGACACCACAAGACUGAACUUAUUCAAUGUCAGCUGCACAGAUUCUCAUUCUGCGUUACUUGCAGUGUAACCUUUUUUUUUGCACUCUAGCUCAAAUAGUUUGGAGAGUUUACUUCUUCUGAUGCAGCCAUGAAGACAUGGAUAACAUACUAUUUAAUCCCAGGUUACAAUGGGGCCUUGAAAAAGAAUAGGUGGAACCUUUUACAGACACAGCUGCAGAUUACUGAGACCCACCUGCUCUGAAUUACAUCAGGUUUUAAAAAUAAAGGUUGAAAUUAUACCUUGUCUAUAAAUAAGCUGAGAGUAUUCCUGCAGGGUGUUGGCUUGUUUGAUGUUGAUAAAUAUAACAUGUUUGUGGUGAUACUUGAUCUCAGAGGGUAAAAGUCUGAUAAGCCUUGACUGACCAGAGGGGCAUAUGCUAAUUCUUGAACAUUUUUUGUUGCUGGUAUGGAAUUAUUCAAGUUUUUCUUAUUUUAAAGUCUUACAGAUUGUUGUUGGAUGUGAGUGUAUCAUUUGUGAUGGAUUGAUAUUCUUGAUGCUACACUUCCUGUGAAACAGUAACUUCAUGCAUAUUCUGAGUUGUUUGCAGUAUUUUUGAAAAACGUCAUGUUAAUUAACUGUUUUGUGGACUUUAUGAUCAAUAAAACUUCUUAUUGA